UAAAAAGAGCUUAUUUAUACACACAAUAAAUGGAAGUAGAGAGGACUACCGGGCUUCAGCAGGCGAAGAGCGGCAACAUGUGCGAGUUGACGACGAGGUCGGCCGAGCCUCGGCGGAAGAAAGCAGAGGAGCGCGGCGCUCCCUCGGAGACGACCCGGAUCGUCACCGACCCGGCCACCGGCAAGUGCUACUGCCGGGGGAAAGUACUGGGAAAGGGAGGCUUUGCCAAGUGCUACGAGAUGACCGACCUCGCCACCAGCAAAGUUUACGCAGCCAAGAUCAUCCCGCACGCGCGCGUCUCCAAACCGCACCAAAGGGAAAAGAUCGACAGAGAAAUCGAGUUGCACCGAAUACUCCACCACAAGCACAUAGUGCACUUUUACCACCAUUUCGAGGACAAGGAGAACAUCUACAUCCUGUUGGAGUACUGCAGCAGAAAAUCCUUAGCACACAUCCUGAAAGCCCGCAAAGUGCUCACCGAGCCCGAGGUGCGUUACUACUUGCGACAGAUCGUCUCAGGGCUCAAGUACCUGCACGAACAGGAGAUCCUGCACAGGGACCUUAAACUCGGUAAUUUUUUCGUAAGCGAAUCCAUGGAGCUGAAAGUGGGCGACUUUGGUCUGGCAGCCAAGCUGGAGCCGGCGGGGAACAGGAGGAAGACGAUCUGCGGGACUCCCAACUAUCUUUCCCCCGAAGUGCUGAACAAGCAGGGCCACGGCUGUGAAUCAGACAUCUGGGCCCUCGGCUGUGUAAUGUACACAAUGCUUUUGGGACGGCCGCCGUUCGAGACCACCAACCUGAAAGAGACGUACCGGUGCAUCCGGGAUGCUCGCUACUCGCUGCCCUCCUCGCUGUCGUCGCAGGCCAAGCAGCUCAUCUCCGGGCUCCUGGCCAAGGCGCCAGAGGACAGGCCUGUUCUGGAGCACAUCUUGAGGCAUGACUUCUUCACACAGGGCUUCAGUCCAGAACGCCUGUCGGCGAGCUGCUGUCACUCGGCGCCUGAUUUCCACGUCUCCAGUCCCGCCAAGAGCUUCUUCAAGAAAGCAGCGGCGGCCCUUUUUGGAGGCAGGCGGGACAAGGUCAAAUACUACGAGACUCUCAAUAAGUUGACCAAAGAGGAAGAGGAGAUCUACAAGUUGCAACAUGACUUGGAGCGAACUGUCAUCAGUCAGCAGCAGAGCAAAAAGACAGCUGACGAUGGAAGUCCACUUCCGCCAUCUGCCCAAAGCCCCGUCGCCCUGGCAACAGAGAGACGAUCCCUGACGACAACGCGAGAUACCAUCCGCCUGAUCGUCAGGGGAAGUCUGGGGAGUUGCAGCAGCAGCAGCGAAUGUCUGGAGUACAACACCACGGGGAGCGUGGCCGACACGGUCGCCGGUGUGUUGAGGGGGUGCCUGGAGAGCAUGCCUAAAGCCGACAACAUGCCUCAGAGCGCAAAUAGCUGCGGACUUCAGUGGGUGACCAAGUGGGUGGACUACUCCAACAAGUACGGCUUCGGGUACCAGUUGUCCGACCACACCGUGGGCGUUCUCUUCAACAAUGGCACUCACAUGAGCCUCCUGCCAGACAGAAAGACGAUCCAUUAUUAUGCAGAGUUGGGCCAGCGCUCUGUUUUCCCCACCUGCGAAGUUCCCGAACACUUUGUGGGCCAAGUGACUGUGCUAAAGUACUUUUCCCACUACAUGGAGGAGAACCUCAUGGAUGGCGGGGACCUGGGCAGUAUGACGGAUGCGCACAUGCCCAAACUCUAUCUCCUCCAGUGGCUGAAAUCAGACCGCGCCCUCAUGAUGCUCUUUAAUGACGGCACUUUCCAGGUGAACUUUUACCACGAUCACACCAAGAUCAUCCUGUGCUGCCAGAGGGACGAGUACAUGCUGACCUACAUCAACGAGGACCGCGUUUCCAAGACCUUCAAACUCAGCUCGCUGCUGGCGUCCGGCUGCCCCGCCGAUCUGCGCGAGCGCAUGCUGUACUCUCUCAACAUGCUGCUGCAGCGGUGCAGCUAAAGACCCCCCCCCCCCCCCACCCUCAAUCAAUACAGUAGAGCGUAUCUGCGCAAGUGGAAUUACGGAGGAACAACAGACAGUGGAUAGUAAAAGGGACUUUAUGCAAUGGAGGGAAAAAUGAGGAUUCACUGGAGGAGAGA